GUUAGAUGUUUACUUUUCUCUUUCACGUAGAAUUCUGGAGGUGGCCACCUCAGGACUCCCAAGUUAGCUCCAGCAUGUCCUGGGGGACUCAGGCUCCUGCUCUUUUGCUGCUCUGCUGUUAAUAGCCUUGGUCCCAUCAUGGCACUGGGUGGCACCCUCCAGCCCAAGCUGUCAUGUCUGCAUUCCACCGGCGGAGAGAAGGCUCAGAGCUCCAGGAAGUUGCGCAUACCUGUCCUGUUGCCCACAAGUUAGUCACGUGGACACCUAGCUUCAACAGAGUCUGGAGGAUGUACUUACAACUCUAGCAGGCCACAUGCUCAGCUAAAAAUGAGGGUCUAUUACCGUACAAGAAGGAGAAAUUUGAUUUUUGAGAAAAAUAGUCUCUGUCAUACUCACUAGCUAUGUGACUUUGGGGAAAUGAAUGACUCUCUCUGACUCUCAGUUUCCUCGUUCAAGAGUCAGAAGAAUGCAAGCAGCUUAGCAAAGUGCCUUGCGUUGCUGAAGGGCUGAGCUGUUAUUUUCCUUCGGUUGUGGCUAGGCUGGCGGGAGGUGGGUCCCUCACAGGGAGCAUGUGCAUGUAAGCAUGCCUGAAUCGGAGUUUUUAUUUGUGACUUGGGGUUUGUUACAUCUGCAUUUUGAGCACUAUUCUCAUAAUGGAGUUUCCUGAUUUGGGGAAGUAUUGUUCAGAAAAAACUUGCAAGCAGCUAGAUUUUCUUCCAGUAAAAUGUGAUACAUGUAAACAAGAUUUCUGUAAAGAUCAUUUUACAUAUGCUGCACAUAAGCAUCCAUUUGCAUUCCAGAAGGAUGUUCAAGUCCCGGUGUGCCCACUCUGUAAUAUCCCCAUCCCAAUAAAAAAGGGACAGAUCCCAGCCGUGGUGGCUGGCGAUCAUAUGGAUGGAGACUGUGACUGUCAUCCUGGGAAGAAGAAAGAGAAGAUUUUUACAUACCGGCGCUCAAAAGAGGGCUGCAAGAAGAAAGAGAUGCUGCAGAUGGUGUGUGCCCAGUGUCAUGGCAACUUCUGCAUCCAGCACAGACACCCCCUGGACCACAGCUGCAGACACAGGAGCCGCCCCACUAUCAAAGCUGGGUGAGAAGAGACUCAGCUGUGAUUGUGCUGGCUCAGAACACAUGGUAGCAUACUGGGACCAGCGUACACUCUAAAGGGCAGAGUGGAGCGACACAGAGCACCGGCCCACACUAAGCUGCUGAUCUUAACUGUUUGUUGAGGUAGAUGGGAAUAUAAUAAAAUUGAAUGCUGAAAUUGAAAA